AUGCUCGAAACAGGCGCAGCAGUCUUCAGGCAAACUCAUUCGAGAAAUUGGGUGAUUUCUUUUUCUGAAAGAACCACAUUUGAGGUGCUCGCCGUGCCGACUCACUUAACCUUCGACUGUGGAGAAGUAGUAUUUUUUCGUAUCCGCAAUGUGGCACAAAUUGAUCUAACAAAUUUUUAUACACGAAGAAACAGUUCGAAUGUCUUGCGCAGAUAUAUGUAG